GUUCGUGCGCUCAUCCAGCCCACGCGGAGCUCCCUGUGCCCUCCUGUGCCGGCCCCCGUUCGCCCGCUGCUGCUCGCUUUAACGCGGGCCCCCAGCAAAACGGCUGCUGUGCCCUGCCGGGCGGGCUGACGCUGACCUCUCCUUAGUGUGGUUUUUGGGGUUUGGGUGUUGAGAUUCUAAAGAAGAACUGCUCAGUCGAGCUGGGUCUGAGGGUGUAGGCUCAGAAGCAGGUUGGGCACAGGAGGCAGAGCUGCAAUAAGGCCUGGAAGGGCACCUCGCUAAGCAGAGCGCCCAGGGCAGGGCAUGGGCUGUGUGCUCAGCCAUAGCCCUGGGAACAAAGGGAGGCAGCCUGUGGGAAGGUGAAGUGUUCUUGGAGAGCUGAUUGCACUGAGCAAACUGAGACUUCCACUUGUGAAGACUGGGAAGGAACAAAGCAGGCAAUUUUUGCAGGCAGGAAAAAGAAGAGACAUUAAAAAGAUUUGUUCUUACUGCAGUGUAUUAACCUUACACCCCCACCGUAGGGAGGAAGAAUGGAUUCUCAUAGAAACCUUUACUCAUCUCUGCAGUGUUCUGGUGCAGGGAUCUGGCUGCAUGCUGGGCAAUUUACCCAUUUGCAAUCUGAGAGAACUCCCACUCCUAAACCCCUGCAGCCCCAGCUCUCAAUAACCAGCUCUUGUGCUGCAAAAACCACCUGAGCACUGGGGGCUCUCCCUUUGGGAUGCGCAGCCCCAUCUCCCCCAGAUCCCAGCACUCAGGAGCUUUUGCUGUCCCACCACAUCCAGCUCCCCAGUGCUGUCUGGGGCAGCAGGCAGGGCUGGGGGUGCAGAUUUCAGUGUUUGUCCCCACGGAACAGCCUGCGAGGGGCUGGGCUGGAGCUGCCACCGCCCCGGAGCCCUCCUCCUCCUCCUCCUCCUCCUCCUCCUUCUCGGGGGGGAGGGAGAGCACGGAGCAGCACAGACUGGCUGCUGGCUCCCGAGCAAGACGGAGGCGAAGCUCUCUCGUCCCACCUGCACCCUCCUAGGAUUGCUGGCUCCUUGGCACCCCUCGUGCUCUGCGUGGCCCCCUUUGGGCAUCCUGGUGCACCACUCUGCAGCGCUCUUUGCUCUCCCUCUUCUCCACGCACCCCUGGCCAUGAACGGGUCGGCAGAAGGUUCGGGUGAGGGCUGGCAUCCCGAGUCGGUGCUCAUCCCCCUGGCAUACCUCCUCAUCUUCCUCGUGGGCACCGUGGGCAACUGCCUGGUGCUGGCGGUGCUGCUGCGCAACGGGCAGGUGAAGAACACCACCAACCUCUUCAUCCUCAACCUGGGGGUGGCUGACCUCUGCUUUAUCCUCUUCUGCGUCCCCUUCCAAGCCACUAUCUACACCCUGGAGGGAUGGGUGUUUGGGUCCUUCCUGUGCAAAGCCGUCCACUUCUUCAUCUACCUCACCAUGUACGCCAGCAGCUUCACCUUGGCCACCGUCUCCCUUGACAGGUACUUGGCCAUCCGAUAUCCCCUCCACUCACGGGAGCUGCGGACGCCCAGGAACGCACUGGUGGCCAUCUGCUUCAUCUGGGCACUCUCCUUCAUUUUCUCGAGCCCCUACCUCAGCUACUACCAACAGUUCCAGCUGGCCAACCUGACCGUCUGCCACCCGGUCUGGGCCAUCUCCCAACGUAAGGUCAUGGAUCUCUGCACCUUCAUCUUCAGCUACAUCAUCCCGGUGCUGAUCCUCAGCCUCACUUACACGCGGACCAUUCGCUACCUGUGGAGGUCUGUGGAUCCUCUCCAAGAGAUGUCGGAGUCCAAGAAAGCCAAGAGGAAAGUCACCAGGAUGAUCAUCAUCGUGGCCGUCCUGUUCUGCCUCUGCUGGCUGCCCCACCACCUGCUCAUCCUCUGCGUUUGGUUCGGCUAUUUUCCCCUCAACCACGCGACGUACGUCCUGCGCAUCCUCUCCCACCUCGUCUCCUAUGCCAACUCCUGUGUCAACCCCAUCGUCUACGCCCUGGUCUCCAAGCACUUCCGCAAAGGCUUCAAGAAGAUCUUCGUCUGCCUCUUGCACAAGAAGGCAGCCAACAAGGUGCACGUGGCCCAGGGGACCAACACGGUCAGCAUGCUGGAGGCAGAGCUCAGCGAGGUGACUCGUCUCAGUGAGGCCGGGCCUGGCUGCUCCUCGGUGCGCUGCAGGGCUCAGCCCUGGGGGGAGGCAGAGCAGGGGGGAGGUGGGCAGAAAACUGGUGGCUCCUUCCUCACCUUCCGUGUCACCUAGCAGCGCUCCCUUCACGCUGUAUUUGCAGUCUCCUGCAGUAUGGCGGGCCUGGGGACGGACCGCGCGUUGGGUUUGUGUCAAAUCUUCUCCUUUUCCCCCCUCAAACGUCAGAACUGUUGAAACGAUGCUGAUUCCUAUGGGCUCAGCCAAAGAGCCAAGUGUAGGAUUUGCAGAGAGCAGGGAGAUCCAAACCCCGAGUCAAUUUUAAGGUAGGAUCACCUGUUCCUCUGCUCCCUGCUGCAUCUACACCCGGUCACUCAUGAGAGCUCUGACCUCCAACCACAGCAGCCUUUGGCUUUCAAUGUGGUGCAGGCGAGGCCCCGGAAGUCUACAGAGACUGUUGGGGGAUGGAGACUGGGUGCUGGGGCCUCUUGGAAGAGGUUCCAGUGCCAGGAGCGUCAGGUGAGACUGGGAUCGGCACUGGGGAAGUGUGGGCCCUUCAGGCAGGGCUCGGACCUGAGGCACUGGCACUGCCCUUCCCAUGGGGAAGAACCCACACAGCCCAAGCAUUACAUCCCCACAGAGCAAGGCUGGGCUGCAGGGCCCCACGAGGUCCACGUGCUCCAAUAAGGACCUAAAGGCUUCUAUCCUGCAGAUCGUGUCAUCUCCCUUAGGAUACCUGCAACCCCCUCCUCCAUUUCCCUCCUGCUCAAUGCAAUUGGGGCUGGGAUGAAGCUACUCCUUGCUUCACUUUGCUUUGCUCACCCCUGGGGUGAGGGAUGCUAAGGAGCUGGGGGAGAAAUCAUGGGCAGAGGUGAGGACUCUUGAAAACACAGCAUUAGGACACCCUGUGGGGGCUGUGACCCUGCAGCCCCGCUCCUUCUUGGUACUGCGCUGUCUCCCUUCCAAGGCUUUGCCUUCCCUCCCCUGCUCUCAAAACACUCAUUUUCCCCCACUGAGUGUUAUUAUAAUCAGCUUCCUGUCCCCACGUGGAGGGCCAGAAACCAGCCCCUGCCUCCUAUCAAUAGCCAUUAUAUUUAGUCUAGGCCUGCUAACAGCAUAAGUCACAGAAUGUGAUUAUAUAAACAGCACCAUUACUCAUAUCUGUAUUUACCACCCCUGCUGAACCCUUUCCAGCCAGGGAAGCGUUGCAACAGCCACACCAGCUCAGCUCAAAGCCUCCUCCUGCCCUCAGCACCCUGCACCAUGGGGUGCAAUCCCUGCUCGUGCUGGGGACAGAGACAUUGUCCCACCAUCUCCUCACUGCCCCAAUAACACGUUCCCCAUGCUGGCAUGGCUGGGUGCUGAUGCAGAGGAGACAGCAGUGAUAAAAGGAAAGCUGUCCCCCAGGUUGCUGCUCAGGAUCCAUCUUCAGCUGGAGACACGGGAAAGCAUCGCUGUGGUGCUGCAGUCAAACACAGGAUCAAUACAUGCACUAUGUGGAGGUGCAAAAAUAUCAGCAAAGGAAGGACGAGCAAUCUUCUAACAAGAAAUGAUUUAGUGAACAAGGAAAAUGAUUUGCAGAGACUUUCAGCACAUCCAUUAAUUACAUUUAACACAACCUUCCCAAAAACCGACUCCAGUGACUCACGGCUGCCUGGCUCCCCUGGCUGGUGGGUGCCAGGAGAGCUGAGAUGGAGCACCCAGGGAUGGAGCACCCAGGGAUGGAGCACCCAGGGAUGGAGCACCCAGGGAAGGGAGCUGCACUUGGAGACGCAGCACAUUCUGCCACUACCAUCCCUGCUUUGAAGAGCACAUCCCAAAAUUCACAUGGAUCUGCUGACCUCCUUUUCCAGCAGCCCAAGCCCACUCUUCUGACACCUCCUUGCAGGUGGGAUUUGAGUUUUAAAGUCUCUUGCUCCUUGUGAUCUCUACUGUGUGACAUAUCUGCCCCUGCCCUCCCUGUUGUAUGGAUCCUCACCUGCUGAUCCAUAGCUGCUUGCUUACAAGCAACGAGAUGGAAGCCUGUGCUGGCUGCUGGCUCAUUACACCAUUUACAGGAUGGUGCAGAAAUAGAGCAGAUGCUCCACUGCCUCUGUGACUGCUGCCAAGGGCUUAUAAGCAGCACAAACCCAGAGAGGUGGGAAAGCCUGGAAUCAAGGAUCUGGGUACAAAGGUGCACACAGAAGGAGUGGAGAUGCCACAAGCAAGGAGAAGCAGAUGCGAGAUGCUGAGCCCCAGCAUCUUAAAGUUUAAUAAAAUGCAAAGGUUAAAGUUUAAUAAAAGUGAAUUCAAUGGGGAGAAGGAAAUAAAUAAGCUAAAUUCAGCUUUCACCAAGCCCAGCAGAGCUCACAGAAACAAGACUGAAAGCUCAGGUUAACAUGAGCUUGCCAGAGCACAGUUUUAAUGCUGUUUUUCCAGGAAUUGCUUUUAAAUGCUUACCAUGUCAAAUUUCCUGCCUGGUAUUGCAAUGGAAUCCAGGGGGGGGCUGAGGUUUUUGAGCCCCCAUCUUGCUUUCUGCUGUACCUGACUGCCAGCAGCAGGAAAUCUGCAGGGAUUCUGUCCCACGUCCCCAUCCCUGCUGAGUUUGACAAAGGCCUGUUGUUCUGGGGCAGCAAAGGAGGAUUUCACCAGAGCAGGAAGCACUCCCAAACUCUAGCACAGCCCUCCAGUCUGGCCCCCCGCAAUAAAAAAAAGUUCUCCUGAAGCAGAUCUCCAGCCCCUCAAUUCCAAAUAGUGGGAAACAAAAGCACUUGUCCAUGGGCAUUAGUGGAUGCACUGUCAGCCAGAUCAGAACCUGGGGCUGUAAAGGAGGAAGAGGGAAGGGCCUUAAAACCAGCAGGAUCCUUGGAGGAAGCAAGGGGGAAAAGUGUGUCAGGCCCAGCAGCACUGUGCAGCUUUCAGCUGUCACCUCUGCCAGCAGUCUCAGCUGGAACCACUGCACUGUUGGCAGGGUCACUCUCAUUUAACGUGUUGCACACACAUUCCUUACCAUAAAAAGCCAAGGAGCACGCAGUGCUGGUCCUGAGCACCGUGCAGAGUUGGCCACUGCUAGAACCCUCAAGGCAGCCCAGAGGGGCGAGGGCUCCUUCCUGUACACCAGGUUGCUAAGAGCCCACCCAGCCUUGUCUUCAGCACUGCCAAGGAUGGGGUACACAGCUUCUCUGGGCAGCAAUGCCUCACCAUCCUCCAAGUGAAGCAUUUCUUCCUAAUAUCUAAUCUAGACCUCCCCUGUUUUAGUUGAAAACCAUUCCCCCUCGUCUUAUCACCUAGACUCCCUGACAGAGUGCCUCUCAAGCUUUCUCGUAGGCCCCUGCUAGGUACAGGAAGGCUGCUAAGCUCCCCCCUUCCUUCCCUCAGCUUUGCCUGCAACCAUUCCAGGUGAAUCGCUUUGUCCUGGAAUCAGCUGCAAUAAAGCACAUGUUUUAUAGCCUCAGCCUGAGCACAUCAACAAAUUCCACCCGCUCUCCCGGAGAAAGAAAUACACAUCAGAUCACUGCUGUGGCAGAAACAGAUCCAGAAAGAUGGAAUCCAGAUCAUUCUGGUGAAUGUCAGAGCGUGCAUCCAGCAUGCUUGACAGUGCACAUAACAUGUGCCAGCAGUGCUUUGCUUUAUGCUUAAAAACACUCUGUCCAGGACCUGCCAGCCUCAGAGAAGCUCUCAGAGCUUGCAGAGGAAAAACAGACAACUCUGAAAUCUCAGAUUUCCUCAAGCAUUGGAGAUCAGAAGGCAGGGAAGAGGGCUCUCAGGUGGGUACUGCAAACCCAAAGGGCCAGGCAGACGUGACUGAGAUUUAAACCCACAGAGUGGAGCAAAUCUGGGCUGGACUUAACCUCUCAAAUGGCAUUGCUGCUGUUUUAUUGUCUUAAAGGAGUUUUCUACACCACCUGAGUGUUUCAAACCAUACUUUAGAUCUAGGCUUAUAAUUAAAAAGUCAGGGGUUUGGAAAGGCCAAGAGCUACCUGAGAACAAGUUGUCUGUGCAGGCAGCAGCCCAGGCUCUGCCAUGGCAGGACCUGUGCUCUCAUCCAGGCUCUAACAUCCAACUCUUGCACACCAUGAGAAGAGAGAUGCUCUGGGCCAGUCUUUAUCCAUUGGCACUGCAACCCCCUGGGUCAGGCUGCUCCUAGCACACAGCCCACCUCGCAGCUCUGAGGCAAGCUGUGUGGAAAAGAAAAGGCAGGGUUGGUGAAUGCACAGCAGCAGCAGGGUUAAAAUCCUGCUCCCUACCUUUCUACCACCUGCUCUCACUCUAUUUCACGCUGAGGUCUGCCCCAUUGCCUCCUCUCCUCCUCCUCCACCCCCAUUCUGCUUUGCAGUGCCCCGAUGGUGACACAAUGGCUCUUCCAUUGCUGGGCUAAUUAGGUGCCAGCAUACAUUCAGUUCUGUAAACACACGCUUAGGUGAAUAAUGGACUUGCUCCAGAUUGCAAAGUAGCAGCUAUUGUGAGCACACCUAGCUCUAUGGAAACCCCUACUUCAAGUGUUCCCAUAGGGAAAUGAUAGAUAAGACCCCACAAUGGAGCAACAGCAGAAGUGCAGUGGGAGAAGGAGGACUGAGAACACAGAAAGACAAACAUGCUCCAAAGCUCUGAAAGGCUUUGGUGUGAAGAUGGCCAAAUUCAGCUUCCAUAGUCAAGCCUGCAAGUACCACUCCAAGUCACACUGCUGGCUGGACUAGUGCCCAGAAAAUUGUCUAGGGAAAAUUGGCUAGGGACGUAGCAUUUGUUUCUCAUGUGAUACUCAGAGGUUUUAUCAAGAGAAUGGACUUGGCUGCUUGCAGGAAAGAGAUGCAUCAGGUACCAAGACAGGGUGCAAAGAAGAAUUGGGAAGAAGGUCCUCUGCAGACAUCAAUAUGGAAACAUUUUGACACACGUUCUGCCUCACAUCAAGGAGCAGCAACCAGUCGGGAUGCCAAGGAUCUCCCUCUGCUUCUCACUGCCCUCCAACCUGACUGCAGCAUGCUGCUGCCCUUUCUACCACGGCCUCACACAGGACAAAGUGCUGCUACUGGGACAGCUAUUGAAGCUUUGGGGUAAAACAUUCCCUGCACAUAGUAGAGCUGCAGGUCUGCUGAGCUCCAGCACUGACAAUACUACACCUCAGAACGAUCAUCUUGCCUCCUUACUAAAGAGAAUGAGAGUUAAGAGCAACCACGGGGAAAUCCUUUGGUAUCCUACAGAAAUGUGAUUCCCAAAACCCACCAGGGAAGCAGGCAGCACAAUUCAGAGCUUACAGCCUGCUGUCCUAAAGAGAAGGACUGUACCCAAAAGGAUUCACAAGCUCCCUGUGUCAGCUGUGCAUUGAAGUUUGAGUAUUUACAAAGGAGCCUGAAGAUGUACAGAU